CUGCGCCGGAGUUCCUCUCAAUCCCGCCAAUGGUAUACGACCCGGCUCCUUCACUGGCAGCCCAGAAAGACGACAUCAAAUAUGAAGAAGAAGAUGAUGAAAUUGAUCGCCUCAUCAGUCUUCUGGGCCUAUCAGCCGACGGCGAAGACGGAGGCGGUGGGUUGGGCUCUUGCCAUUGCAGCGGAGGGGGGUUUUAUCGAAAAGCGGUAGGAGUCAAGGGGCCCAUUUGCGAGAAAGAAAUGGGGCGGCUUGAUGGUUGGAUCGAGCACUACCGGCGGGAAAGGAGAGAGCCGGCAAGGCUCGCGCAUCUUCUUCUGGCAAAAGCUGUAUCAAUGGAGGCGAGCCGUGGGGUCGAUGAUGAUGAUGAUGAUAAUGCCUUCGGAGCGAUUGAGUUUCCUCCGACUGUGGAGGAGUUUUUGGAGCAUGACCCCCCAUUUCAGAAGGCUCUGUUACAAUCCUAUAAAGCAGGCAUUGGUGGAGUUUUUAGAGAUCACAUAGGGAGGUUUCUCUCAGCUUUCGGUUUUAAAUGCUCUCAUUGGGAUAUAGGAGCAUUGGAACUUGCUGCAUUUCGAUACUUGAAGGUGGUUAUUAAGGAAUGGAUGGUGGAAGCUAAAGGCUUAAUCAUAGAGGGAGAUAAUAUAAAUGUCAUCAAACAUCUUCAAAAGUCGGUUGAAAGGGCUGAUUGGAGAAAGAGGGAAGAUGAUUUUGAAGAUCUAUCAUUCCUUAAAGAUUUUGGUUCAUUCAUAUUUCAUUUUUCUUAUAGAAAUUAUAAUAAGUUGGUAGAUUUUUGUGCUAACUUAGCUUUAUAAGGAGAUUUUUAUUGGGAUGAUCUUACUUGUAAUAAUGUUCAUCCUCAUUUCAUUUCUUUAUUGAAGGAGGACGGUGAUAGAUGUUCUAUCACCUAGUAGCUUGUAUCUAGGUUUAUUUUCUUCUUUUCUUUUAAUGCAAUUGGCAUUUCCAUAAAAAAAAAACAAUAAAAAAAAGGAUAUGCAGGUGGACAACAACAAAUUUGGAAUGAAAUGACG